AUGUCGAACGACAAGGAAGGGUUAGCGCGUCCCGACGACCCUCGGGACGAGGGCGUAACGUCGCAAGCUCAACCUAUCGAGGAGUUAGAAAUGAUACCCAUCUCUGACACACAGGACCGGACGGUUCAGAUUGGCACUUCCCUCAGCCUAACUCUUCGGACCGAAUUCAUCGCCUUUCUGAGGGCCAACUUGGAAGUUUUUGCCUGGUCCUACGAUGACAUGCCUGGCAUCUCCCCGGAUGUCAUCUGCCUCAAACUCAGCAUCUCCCCUUCUGUCAAACCGGUCCGACAAAAGUGA